UUUAUGUAAACAAAGAUCAACAUGCGAAGACCUUCAGUUUUUGUCGCAAAAGAUCCUGAAAAAGAAUUCCGGUAUGGAUCCCGGAAUUGGCUGCUUCACGCGCGCUACGUGCGUGGUGAACACGCGAUGUGUCUGGAUCUCGCCGACGACCUUCAGAAGAAAGCUGACAACACGCAUAGAUACGCACAUUAUGUCAAGGGUCUGGUGUAUGCAGACGCAGGGCGGCAUCAGGAGGCGCUUGAGAGGUUCCACAGCUGCAUCCGGCUUCAGCCGUCAGACCCUGAGCCUUUGAAACAGGUCGCCAAAAGUCUGUCUUGCCAGGGCCGCUAUCAACUCUCUCUCGAAGCUUAUUUGGAAGCAGAUAAGCUGACUAAGCAUCCAGAUAGCGACAUCUACUGCGCUCUAGCGGAAUGCGCAAGUAAUUUAGGCCAGAUAGAGCGGGGAGUGGAAUGGGCGCGGGCGGCCGUGCAAGCAGGUGGAGGCGAACGCGCUGGGGCGUUAUUGGCGCGUCUGCUUUUGGCGUCAGGAGACGCCGUGGGCGCUUCAGCGGCGUACGAUCAGGCUAUUGCGACGCACGCUUGUGGCGCCGACACACUUGCCGCUGCGGGAGCGUUACGUCUCCGUGCCGGGGCGCCGCGCGAGGCCUUCCAACUCCUGGGAGCAGCGCUAGCGCAGCAGCCCUCGCAGCACGCUGCUGCCCUGGCACUUGCUGCUAUGAUGCUGCAGCAUCGUGAUCUGGACGCGGCGCUAGCCAGACUUAAAGCGGCUCUCUCAGCCCACCCGACAUGCGUAGCUGCCCAUAGUAACUUGGGCUUAGCUCUACUGGCGAAAAAGAAGUAUGUUGCGGCUCUAACAUGUCUCCAACGGGCGGUGUGGUCGGCGCCGCUCAGCGCUCGAGCUGCUCACAACUUAGGCCUCGCGCUAUUGUUAUGCAGACGUCCGGCCUCGGCAUUCUGUAGGCUGGCUACAGCGGCGGCAUUGCAGCCUAGGCAGCCUUACACGGUUCUUCUAAUAGGCAUCGCGCUAGAGCGGCUCGGGGACGCUCGCGCGGACGCCGCGUACGCGCGCGCCGCGGCCCUGGCGCCCGGCGCCGCGCUGGUGCGCGUGAACCGCGCCGCCCGCCUCGCGCGCGCCGGGCUCGCCGGCCGGGCUGCGGAGGAGGCGCGCGCCGUGGCCGAGAUACUGCAGGGAGAGGAGAAGCCCGACGCACAGUUAAGCAGCUCCCUGGCAACUCUGCUGGCAUUGCUCCGCGACGCUGGCGUUCAGCUGUCAGAUUUGCCAGACCACCUCCCACGCGGCGACACGCCCGAUGACUUGCCGGAAGAUGACAUGACAGCUGACGAAGUUUAGCCGUAGAAAACUUCGUUAUUCGUUAGAUCAAAUUGACUACUGCCGCACAAAACGGGCAGAGUCCCACAGAAAGCCCAACGCCUCCCCCAAAAAACGGACAGAGUCCCACAGAAAGCCCAACGACUCCCGCAAAAAACGGGCAGAGUCCCACAGAAAGCCCAACGACUCGUAGAGAAUUGGAGGCUGAAUUGAUAAUACUACCGCCUCUGAUCCUCGGCUACGAAGAUUUAGCCGACUACGGCGAAGCCAACGAUACUUAUGAUGAAACUACAUCAAUCGUUGAAACUACGACUACACCGACAAUAGAAACUACGCCUGUCAAAAGCAGAAAGAAAUAUCUACGUAAUCUCAACCAUCAAGCGAGAAAUCGAAAAUCCGGGGGUAACUUAGAUUUGCUGAACGAGGUGGCUGCGAAAAUGUCAGAAAUGGAUGAUACUAAUAAAGUGGAGAUGGCGAAUAACUUGGUGAAACUGUUGCAGUUUAGUAUGUUAGGUGCGACGCCUUCUAUGGGCGAUACUAAAAGAAGCAGAGGUAACCAACAACCCAGUCAACCGGACUACCGUUCAGCGGGAAUGGGCCAACCAUAUUGGGAUAGCUAUAGCUAAAAAAGUUGGGAUCGUUUUGUUGAUUAGUGGGUUACGGCUUCGCCAAAUGUCUCUUUUGAAAAUAGCUGGAAAGACCUAAUUGGAAAACUGAAGGAAAAAUGUUCAACUCUUAUAUUUUCAAAUAAGGGUACUUUAAUAAAGUUUUACGAAUAAGUUGUAGGUGAAAUUAAUUUAAUUUUGAAAGGGACAUACUAAAGGCCUGUGCACACCGGCUGCGUGUGCGUGACGUGCACGUGCGCGU